GGUUGGGUUUGUGGCGCGGUGAUUGGUUCAUCUUGACUCCGCCUUCCGUGCAUUUAAUUAGCAUCUCAUUAGCUGUUCGCUCGGGCUCGGGAGGCAGCCAACGCCGCCAGUCUGAGGCAGGUGCCCGACAUGGCGAGUGCUGUGCUGCCGAGCGGAUCCCAGUGUGCGGCGGCAGCGGCUGUAGCGGCGGCGGCGGCGCCUCCUGGGCUCCGGCUUCGGCUUCUGCUGUUGCUCCUCUCCGCUGCGGCGCUGAUCCCCACAGGUAAUGGGCAGAAUUUGUUUACGAAAGAUGUGACAGUGAUCGAAGGUGAAGUUGCAACCAUCAGCUGCCAAGUCAAUAAGAGCGACGACUCCGUGAUUCAACUCCUGAAUCCCAACAGGCAGACCAUUUAUUUUAGGGACUUCAGGCCUUUGAAAGACAGCAGGUUUCAGUUGCUGAAUUUUUCUAGCAGUGAACUCAAAGUGUCGUUGACAAACGUCUCAAUUUCUGAUGAAGGGCGAUACUUCUGCCAGCUCUACACCGACCCCCCACAGGAGAGUUACACGACCAUCACCGUCCUGGUCCCACCACGUAACCUGAUGAUCGAUAUCCAGAAAGACACUGCAGUGGAAGGGGAGGAGAUUGAAGUCAACUGCACUGCCAUGGCCAGCAAACCGGCCACAACUAUCAGAUGGUUCAAAGGGAACAAAGAACUCAAAGGCAAAUCGGAGGUGGAAGAGUGGUCGGACAUGUACACGGUGACCAGCCAGCUGAUGCUGAAGGUGCACAAGGAGGACGAUGGGGUCCCCGUGAUCUGUCAGGUGGAGCACCCUGCAGUCACAGGAAACUUGCAAACCCAGCGGUAUCUAGAAGUACAGUAUAAGCCUCAAGUGCAUAUUCAGAUGACUUAUCCUCUGCAAGGCCUAACCCGUGAAGGGGACUCGCUUGAGUUAACAUGUGAAGCCAUUGGGAAGCCCCAGCCUGUGAUGGUGACUUGGGUGAGAGUGGAUGAUGAAAUGCCUCAACACGCUGUACUGUCGGGGCCCAACCUGUUCAUCAAUAACCUAAACAAAACAGAUAAUGGUACCUACCGCUGUGAGGCUUCAAACACAGUGGGGAAAGCUCAUGCGGAUUAUAUGCUGUAUGUAUACGAUCCCCCCACAACUAUCCCUCCCACAACAACCACCACCACCACCACCACCACCACCACCAUCCUUACCAUCAUCACAGACACAACGGCGACGACAGAACCAGCAGUUCACGGCCUUACUCAGUUGCCCAAUUCCGCAGAAGAACUGGACAGUGAGGACCUCUCAGAUUCUCGAGCAGGUGAAGAAGGCUCAAUAAGGGCAGUGGAUCAUGCCGUGAUUGGCGGCGUCGUGGCCGUGGUGGUGUUCGCCAUGCUGUGCUUGCUCAUCAUUCUGGGGCGCUAUUUUGCCAGACAUAAAGGUACAUACUUCACUCAUGAAGCCAAAGGAGCCGAUGACGCAGCAGACGCAGACACAGCUAUAAUCAAUGCAGAAGGAGGACAGAACAACUCUGAAGAAAAGAAAGAGUACUUCAUCUAGAUCAGCCUUUUUGUUUCAAUGAGGUGUCCAACUGGCCCUAUUUAGAUGAUAAAGAGACAGUGAUAUUGGAACUUGCGAGAAACUCGUGUGUUUUUUUAUGAAUGGGUGGAAAGUUGCGAGACUGGGAAGGCUUGGGAUUUGCUGUGUAAAAAAAAGAAAAUGUUCUUUGAAAAGUACACAUUGCUGUUUGACACCUCUUUUUAUUUGUUUGUUUGCUUGUUUUAAUUUUUAUUUCUUCCUACCAAGUCAAACUUGGGUACUUGGGUUUAGUUUCAGUAGACUGCAGAAAAUUCUGUGCCUUGUUUUUUGGUUUUUUUUUUGUUUGUUUGUUUGUUUGUUUGUUGUUGUCUUUUUUCCCCCUUCUCUUUGUGAGCAUUUAUUUUUUCCGAACAAAUUUUGGAUCUUUUUUUUUUUUUUCAAAAAUCUCCCGUUUUGGAAUUUGCCUGCUGGGAUUCCUUAGAUUCUUCUCCCCAUUUCUGUUACUGUUUUGACUUUCUUUCAUUUAUUUUUGAGGUAACUGUUUUCUGUUCCAAGUUCAGUUUCAUAAAAGGAGAACCAGCACAGUUUAGAUUUCAUAGUUCAGAAUUUAGUGUAUUCAUAAUGCAUUUUUCUCUGUUGUCGUAAGAUUUGGGUGAACAAACAAUGAAAACUCUUUGCUGCUGCCCAUGUUUCAAAUACUUAGAGCAGUGAAGACUAGAAAAUUAGACUGUGAUUCAGAAAAUGUUCUGUUUGCUGUGGAACUACAUUACUGUACAGGGUUAUCUGCAAGUGAGGUGUGUCACAAUGAGAUUGAAUCUGUCUUUAAUUCUGUGUCUGUAGACGGCUCAGUAUAGAUACCCCAUGCUGUCCAGAAAGGUUUGGGGCGGGAAGGGUUCCUCCUUUCUAAUGCCCUAAACAGACCCGACAGGUGAGGUCUGUUCCUUUUAUAUAAGUGGACAAAUUUGAGUUGCCACAGGAGGGGAAGUAGGGAGGGGGGAAAAGACAGUUCUGCUCUGGUUAUUUCUGUUCCAAAUGAUUCCAUCCACCUUUCCCAAUCGGCCUUACUUCUCACUAAUUUAUAGGAAAAAGCAAGUCCAGGUGUUGUGCGGAUGACAGAAUGGGACAGGGUUGUUUUUUGUUUGUUUUCUGUUUUCUUUUCUUUCCUUUGUGCUCAGUUAGGAAGGCAGUAGGAUGUGGCCUGCAUGUACUGUAUAUUACAGAUAUUUGUCAUGCUGGGAUUUCCAACUCCAAUCCGUGUGAAACUUUCAUUCCUUCCGAUUUGGCUUGACAAAGGCAAGAGGUACAAAAGAAGGGCCGGUAUUGUUCUCACACUGGGCUGCUGGUGAUCUCAGUUCUCGAGAAGGUCAGAGCAGAGGUGGAAAAAGCAGCAUGUAGGGAUUUUUCAGUUACUUAAUCAAAACUCAAAUGUGAGUGUUUUUAUCUUUUUACCUUUCAUACACUAGCCUUGGCCUCUUUCCUCAGCCUUAAGAACCAUCUGCCAAAAAAUUCCUGGUCUUGCAUGAUGGCAGCCAUAGUACAUAGCUACUAAAAUCAGUUACCUUGAACAUAUCUUAGAUGGGGAGCCUCAGGAAAGGUACAGCCAAGCGACCAUUUCCAUUUUUUAAGGCAAUGUGGGGAUUUUCACUGAAAUGUGUAGGAAAUCUAGAAGUAGUCCUGAAGGACAAAGACUAAACUCUUACCUUAUGUUUUGGUAAGGCUCUAGACUCCAGAUAACAGUCCCUAUGGAAAGAUGGCAUCAACAAAGAUAGUUCUAUAUAUAUAUAUAUAAAUAUAUAUUAUAUAACAUUUUCAGUGAGUAAUUUUGGAUUUUGCAAGGUGCAUUUUUACUAUUGUUACAUUAUGUGGAAAACUUACGCUGAUUUAUUUAAGGGGAAAAAAGUGUCAACCCUUUGUUACUUGAAAGUGUGUUUAUUUUUCUUGUCUUUAUUUUAACCUUUGAUAGAACCAUUGCAAUAUGGGGGCCUUUUGGGAACGGACUGGUAUGUAAUAGAAAAUCCAUUAUCGAGCAGCAUUUUGUUUACCCCUUUCCUAUCCCUAGGCACUUAACCAAGACAAAAAGCCACAACGAACAUCCCUUUUUCAAUGAAUUUUAUAACGUGCAGCUCUAUUCCGAGCCUGUAGCACCCAUUCUGACCAUAGUGUAACCAUAUCAAAGGGUGAGAACCAUUUAGCAUGUUGUUGAAAGGUUUUUUCAGUUGUUCUUUUUAGAAAAAACAAAGACAAAAAACAACCAUUGCUCACAGAAUUGGCAUCUCAUUUUUGGAAGCUCCCAUCUUUCUGUUUUCGAGAAGUGUACAGUAGUGCAGUGGUCCUGAUGUAACUUUAUGGCUUACAAUGUUGACAUGUCUCAGGUUCAUGUGUUUCGAUUGGUGUUUUCCGUCUCAGGUAGAUUGCAAAGUGUAGGCCCCACACAUUGGAAAAAAAUAAUAAAACAAAGCAAAAACAGGAUAUUAUGGAUUUUAGUUGUAUAUUGGUUUAUGUAUUUUUUCUUAAGUAUACAGUGCACUGUUUGAAAUGUAUUGUUGAGUAUUACUUUGUACAGGUUGAUCACUUUUUUUAGAGUGAAGAAAGAACAAACUUGUUUUUUGUGUUUUUUAAAGGACUAUAAAAUAAUGAAGGAUGUAUAAUUGAUGCCAAAUAAGCUUGUUCUUUAGUCACACCAAUGUCUUACUUUUCCCUCUAGGCCAGUUCUGUUUUUAAGGUGUACAUGGACAAUGUUACAGUGUAAGAAACUCCAUAUCCAUAUGUCCCCAUGCGCAUUUUGUAUUGGUUCAUGUAUACCAUUUUUACAAAAAAAAAGGAAAAAAAAAAAGAAGUACUAUAAAAUAUCUGUCUUCUUAAUAAAAAAAAAAGUUAAUGUUACAAAGUGA